AUCUCUGCAGCAUGUCGGUCAAUGUCAAACUCAUCCUGAUUGACAUCCUGAGUGAUCUGAGUGAGGAACAAUUCAAAAAAUUCAAAUGGCGUCUGGUGAAUGGAGAUGAUGACAAGACAAUAAGCUAUUGCAAUUUGGAAUUAGCCGACCGGGAAAAGACCAUCGACGAGAUGCUGAGCCACUUUGAAAGCUCUGAUGCCCUGGAAAAAGCCAGGGAGGUCCUGGAAGCCGUACCUAGGAGAGAUCUUGCCGACAAGCUCAUGAAGAAAGUGCCAGUAGCAAAACAAGCUCAGGAGAGGAGAAAGGAGACGUUAAAGGAGCCCACAGAGGAGACGCUAAAGAAGACCACAGAGGAGGAGCUGAAGGAGCCCACAGAGGAGACGCUAAAGAAGACCACAGAGGAGGAGCUGAAGGAGCCCACAGAGGAGAAGCUAAAGAAGCUAGUGGAGCCCACAGAGAUAGAUCUCAUAAGAGAAAUAAUGAUCAAUAACUAUUCAAAAGUGAAGAGGGCUUUUGUCCGACAGCGCCUUACUGCUAACCUCGAGACACUGAGAAACGAUCAAUUUGAAAUGUUCAAAGAUGUGCUGUGCGAGACAUCCAUGAAGGACCUUGUCCGUGCAGGAGAUGAAUUUCUUGACGAACCCAAUACAUUCCAGAGGGACGCCAGCCUAGAAAACCUUGUCGAGGAUUUGAUAGGCAAAUUCGGCCGGACUUACGCACUGACAGCAGCUGUGACAGUGAUGGAAAAAAUAGGGAGAAGGGACCUCGCUAAAGAACUCCAGAGAGAAGAAGAAGUCCUGGAACCGACCCAGUGUCUGAGAAGAAAACCAAAAGGUGAAGUAGACCCAAAAGAGAGGUAGGAGAAGGUGUAUCUCUGAUAGGAGCCGGAGCUGUAGGAGGACUAUUUUCAGCAUUAGUAGCAGCCCCUAGGGCACCGCUGGCUUUUCCAGU